AUGACCAUCUUACAUAAUCCUGGUGUACCACGCGUUCUAAACCGUAUUACUCCAGAGCGACUGGAGUUGACACUUAUACUUAUCAAAGAACGCAAGAAAAAGUUGCGGUAUCUUGGUAGUUAUCUUCAGCAUUACAAUGACCGUAUGUUUCUCUACAAUGGUAUGGGUGGACUCAAAGGAAGUAAGUUUAUUAUUGAACGACACCAUCAUCGUGCACAGUUCUCUCAAGCUACUCUUCAUAGAGAUCGCUACAGUGUUCGUAGUAUUAAAUUAAAAGGUUCACAGUUUGAUCAAUUAGGAAAUUUUACACGAAAUACAUGGGACUGUUCGACGGCUUCUACAAAUGUCUUUCAGGAACCCACAUUUCGCCGUCAUCUCAGUGCUAUACACAAAGAUGAAGCCAUCGCCUUUUUAGAAGGAUGGGGUGUAAAGUACGUUUUACUGGAUGAAAUACGGAAACCAUCCGUUGAGGAUAGUAUCUAUAUUAAACAUAAACUGUAUGCAGAUAAAUUUUCUUACAUUCCAUUUCCCGUUACAAAUGCAUACUACGGUGAUGCUGACUGGAAAUGGAAGGGAAAUGAAAAGAUAGAUUACAGUAAUUAUGGAGCCACAGUAAAAGAUGAUCGGAAUACAUUUCGAAGUUUAUGGUCAGCUGCAGUGAGUGCAGCUCGUAGUAAUCCUCUCACUGCGGGAAAGAAGAAAAUGACAUCCGGAGAGACAGCAUCAACAGGGGCAAGUGUGGAUCCGAAAAAAACAGGAUGA